GUUUCCCUCUUCUUCUCUGUGGGUCGCAGCAGUCUGAGCUGGUCUGAGGAGCGACCAGCUGAAAGGAAACUCCAGGAGGAACACGAUGUGGCUCCGAGAGGAUCUCCUCAAGUCCAUCUGGCACGCCUUCACAGCCCUGGACGUGGAUCAUCGAGGGAAAGUGUCCAAGUCUCAGCUAAAGGUGCUGUCUUACAACCUCUGCACGGUGAUGAAGAUCCCCCAUGACCCUGUGACCUUUGAGGAGCAUUUCAAAGACGACGGCAAAGGGCCUCUGUCCAGUGACGGCUACAUGCCGUACCUGAACAGGUUCAUUCUGGACAAGGUGCAGGAGGAUUUCGAUGUAACUGAGUUCCACCGGAUGUGCUGGACGUUAUGUUACAAGAAAAAAAUGCACUCCCCGCAUCUGUCCAUUUCUGAAAGUGAUGCUUUUAAAGUGUGGUGCAUUUUCAAUUUCCUGUCUGAAGACAAAUAUCCACUAACCAUCAUCAUUGAAGAGAUCCAGUAUUUCCUGCGAAAGCUAACAGAGGCGAUGGGGAUUGGGUGGGAUGCUGAGAAGUUUGAUGAGUACAAAUCAAAGCUCACUUCAAAGAGCUGCCUGAGCGCCUGGGACACCAUCAACCUGGUGGGGAUGACGUACUUCUGCAUGGAGGUGAACCCGCAGACUCUCUCCAUGGGUAUCAACCAUGUCUUCACUGAACUCAUACUGGACGUGCUCAAGCAGGGCUACAUGGUGAAGAAAGGCCACAAAAGGAAGAACUGGUCGGAGCGCUGGUUUGUGCUUCGACCCACCGCACUGUCUUAUUAUGAAUCUGAGGAUCUGCUGGAGAAGAAAGGAGAAAUUGUUCUGGACCAGAGCUGCUGUGUGGAGGCUCUGCAUGACAAAGACGGGAAGAAAUGUCUUUUUAUCAUCAAGUGUGCUGACAAAAGCUUUGAAAUCCGUGCGCCGGAUAAGAAGAAGAGGCAGGAGUGGAUUCAAGCUGUGCAGUCGUGCAUCCAGCUGUGCAGGAUGGGGCUGUCGUCUCCUCACCGCGAGGCCCGGCUGAGGCGCCGGGAGGCGCGGCAGAGACAGCACGCCGAAGAGGAGGAGCUGGCAGAGAGGAUGAAGGAGCUCCAGGCAGCCAAUGAACGCAAACAGAGAGAACUGGAGGACAUGAGGAUGAAAAUGGAGGAGGCUGCAGCCAAAGCAGCACAAGAGGAACUCCAGAGGAAGAAGACGGAGUUGGACCUGCAGGAUCGCUACAGGCUGGACCUGGAAAGAGAGAAAAUGGUGCGCCAGCAGAUGGAGGAGCAGAUGGCUCAGAAGUCCAGCGAGCUGGAGCAGUAUCUGCAGCGCGUCCGAGAGCUGGAGGACAUGUACCACCUGCUGGAGGAGGCCUUAGAGGACGAGAGGCAGGCCAAGCAGGAUGAAGAGGCCAUGAGAAAGCUCCAGUCCAGGCUGCUGGAGGAGGAGGCAGCGAAGCGGGCAGAGCUGGAGCAGCUCCACCUGCUGCAGCAGAAGGAGCUGUUUCAGACAGAGGCGGAGAAGAAGGAGCUGAUUGCUGAGCAGCAAGCUAAGGAGAGAGACCUGGAGGCGGCCGCAGAGCAGCUGCAGAGACUGGAGAAGGAGCGGCAAGACGUGCUGGAGCAGUAUGAGGAGAUGUCGAAGAAGCUUGAGCGAGCAUCUACCAAGACAAAGACGUGGAAAGACAAGGUGGCAAAGCACGAGGGUCUGGUGCGCCUCAUCCAGCCAGGCCACAAAGAACCUCAGAGGAUGACUAACUGGGGUCCAGCGUCGUUCACCGACGCCGAGCUGGAGAUGAGGAAGAAGUUCUGGCAGCAGCGUAAGGCGCAGGAAGCUCAGACUCAGUGAACACGUGGACGGAGGAUUUCUUUGAUUAUUAACCCCUUGUCACUAAUUCACAAUGUACCAAUAAAUCUACUUAAUUUAGCACCACCUUGAAAAGAAAACAUAUUAAAGAAUAUUUUAUUGUAAAUAAAGUCAGGCAUGAAGGGGUUAAAAUGUACCACAGUAGCUGUGGUGGUAAAAUAAAUCAUCUUUAUUAACGUAAUGAGCAACAUGAACAUCAAAGGACUGAUUUUUUUAUAAGUUACUUUGUACAUUUGGUACAUAAAAUUUGUUAUUUUUUAAUUUUGAAAGAAGACUUUGUUUUAAAUAAAUGCUUGUCCAUCAUCUGAUGGCAGUUAAA